CCCACGCCUCCACCUUUUCUGUUUCAGUCCCGUACUGGCAGUCGAGAACCCGUAGACAAAGUGGAGCUAAUGUGGGCAUGUGCUCGUCGCAAGCAACGGUCGAUUGAUAUGUGGAGAAAUGUCUGCACGGUGACACCGCUGUAUUUUCCAAAGGUCUAAUCUGAAGCCCACCUAGGAAAGAAAGUAAUCACGUGAUUAUACAUUUAACGACCCCGGAGAAAGAACAAACCACCCGGAACUUGGCAAGAGGAAGACUUAAACGAAUACAUGUACGGAACUCGCCCAGAGAGGGCGAACUUUCUUUUUUUGAAUUUGGAUUUCGGGAUAACUUGCACAGCCUGAAAUAUUACAGCCAUGAAAAUGGAGAAUAAAAAAUGUACCUCGCCGGGUAUGAUAGAACCGAUACAAACGGAAGGCAACGCACUUCUUAAAGGGGUGUGGCUCGGCAGGCUCCGACUUACUCGGCUUUUGAUUGAAGGAGGAACGGACAUCAACGGUACGAACGACGAGGGCCAGACAGCGCUGAUGAUAUCGUGUAUGUCAAAGCAUAAAGACGCACAAAGCGUCAGCAGAGCUAAAAUGGUGAAAUAUUUGCUAGAAAACAAGGCAAAGGUCAACACGCGAGAUAAACACGGUAAAACUGCGCUUAUGUACGCUUGUAUCGAAAAGGCUGGAUACGAGGUCGUGAAGACUUUACUAGAUUACGACGCUGAUCCCCGGAUAGAGGACAAAUUCGACGCCUCCGCUCUCGUGUAUUCCGUCGAUUCUGGCGAUUCGAAAGUUCUAAAAUUGUUAGUUGAUGCAUGUAAGGCGAAGGGGAAAGAAGUUAUCAUCAUUACAACGAAUAACAAUAAACAUAAACGAGAAACCAAACAAUACCUUGACGUACCGUCCACACUUUCUUGCAGUCCACCGUUUUAUAAGUGUGCUACUCCGUCAGAUAUCGACAUUCGCGCGUCCACAGCAACGCCAAGUCCGUACGCGAGCGGUUCAUCCGGUGACGAAGCAGGCGAUGUCGUGUUCAAGUUUCCAAUGCCAUCACGUGAUCUCCCGAGAGCCGACGACAAUUUCUCGAAUCGAUGGAGCGGAGCCUUUUUGAAAAGCAGCAAUCCAGACUUGCUUUCGCCUACACAUGAGGGCGGUAAAAACGGCAGUUCGUCUCCCGACUCCGGCUCAACAAUUUUGGAAGAACGUCGCGCUCAGCUCAGAGCUACAUUGGAAAACUACCAAGGCGAUGCACAGGCUCUCGCCUAUGCCCGCUCCAGAGGGCGCCGGGGAUCCUUGGGACCCGUAAACUCCGCUGCUCACCUCUUAUCCAACGGUUUGAGUCAGGAAAUCGCCGUGACGACACAUACACAAAUCUCGAUUCCUCAAGUGAAAAAAGAAUCCAGCAGCCCACCUUCGUCACCACCACAACGCCGCCGUCUAACAAGGAGGCAAAGCAUGGAUGCUAUACCGACGUCAGGCCUCUUGCAGGCACACCAAAACACAAUUAAGUCGCUUUCUGCCCCGCCAACUCGCGAUGAUCGACACAGUGGCUCGGCUGAAGUACUAGGCGACAAGAAGACAGGGCACGGACGGUUCAGUCGGAGGGGUUCAUUGCCAAGUAUGCCCCCGCCACUGCUCAAACGUCAAACAAUACACAACAUAAAUGUACCACAAAGUUUAAGACAGCAGACAGUGACAGAACAAGAUAACGAUGCAAAAAGCCUCAGUGGCAGCAGACAUCGCCUAAUUACGUCACCGCCCUGCAGCAACCAAAAUUCCGCCGAAAGUCUAACGCCGACUUCUCCGUCUAAUCGCCGGCGCUCACCGAGAGGCGCACUGCUUGAGCGACGCGGAUCGGGAACACUGUUAUUGGACGAACUUUCGCAAACGAGACAGAGUAUGUUUCCCCCAUUGAACAUCAAUCCAAAUCCGCCAUUACCUGAAAUUGGAACUAUUUCUGACUCCUACACCAAGAGAGUUUCUUCACCGAAACGGGACGGGGUCAAUAACAGGCAUUCGACAAAACCUGCGUUACUACGACGUCAGUCUUUCGAUGCCGACCAUCUCAAACAACUUUCCACGUAUAUAGAUACUCGAGCGAAUAUACUGUGCUCGCCGAGCGAACUCGUCGACUCCGACGAGUCAGACAAUUAA